CCUUUCCAACACUCUGUCCCACGCGGGCAAAGUCACUCUAGGCCACCGCUGGCUCUUACAUCCCGUGAAUCUCUCCACCACCCAAGAAUCCACUCGGGGUUAAAGGUUCUUUUGCUCUUGGUGGACACACAACUACACGAACAAAGUGGUACUAGUCCUGCAUGAGGGUGGAGAGCUAGCUCUGACCUUACACUAGUGGUGGCACCCGUCAACCAUCCUUUGCCUUGCCUUCGCCGAGCCGAUGGCGGUUGCACGACUAUUCAGCCAGGUCGCGCAGCUUUUGGCGUGUGAUACUUAGACCCAGUCUCUGCCCGUCCUACUAAAGCUCUUGUGCCCCGGAACCAAGCUCUCUUCGACAACAGAAGACACCCUUUUCUGUUGCUCUUAACGCCUCUGAGCCUGGCCGCUGGCAAUAUCAACCGUCCAGCAUAGCCAGACGUACGAACGACAUAAUCAUGGGCUUGUUUUCCAAGAAAGCUCCUGUUGAGGAGCAGGUGGUUGCUGAACCUACCGGAGCUCCCCAUUACGAUGAGAAGACGACGGGCGAGCAUCCCGGCGAUAGAUCAAGCGAUGACGAGCCAAUUUCAAAGGACCUUCAGGCCGGUGUCGCCAAGGUCGAGGCCAUGACAACCGUCUGGACCAAGCGCGAUCUUAUCAUUGCCUACAUCCUCAUCUGGCUGUUCUAUGUUGUUACCUCUAUCCAGGAGGUCUCGAUGCGCGUCCUCUCCCCCUUUGUCACCAGUUCUUUCGCCAUGCACUCCUUGACAGCCACUACUGGCGUCAUGUCCACCCUCAUUGCCGGCCUGAUCAAGCUGCCGCUUGCCAAGAUUCUCGACACAUGGGGCCGUCCUCAAGGUCUCGGUAUAAUGCUCAUCUGCUGGAUUCUCGGCUUCAUCAUGAUGGCUGCUUGCAAUGGCGUUGAGACAUAUGCCGCUGCGCAGGUUUUCUACUCUGUCGGAUCUCAGGGUAUUUCCUACUGCAUUACCAUCUUCAUUGCCGAUACCUCUACUCUGAAGAGCAGAGCCCUGAUGCUCUCGUUCGCAACAACACCCUACAUCUUCAUUACCUGGGCAGCUGGCCCCAUCACCGACAGUAUCCUUAGAGAGGACGGCAUCGGCUGGCGUUGGGGUCUUGGCAUGUGGGCUAUCGUUGCCCCCGUCGUCAUCGGACCCCUUGUUCUCCUUUUCCUCUGGAACCAGCACAAGGCGAAGAAGAUGGGUGUCAUCGACAGCCGCGGAUCCAUCAAGAACAUCUCUGGCGCCAAGGUUCUCAAGUUCCUUAUUGAUGUUGAUGUUCUCGGUAUCCUGAUUCUCGCUGCCGGCAUGGCCCUGUUCUUGCUGCCGUUCAACAUCUACUCCUACCAGUCCGACGGCUGGCGCUCUCCCAUGAUUAUCGCCUUCAUCAUCGUUGGUUUCUUCUUGAUCAUCGGCUUCGUUGUCUAUGAGAAGUUCUUCGCCCCCGUCACCUUCAUCCCCUUUUCGCUCCUGAUGGACAGGACCGUCUUCUUUGGUGGCAUGAUGUUCGUCUUCGUCUUCUUCAACUCUGCUGUCUGGGGAUCCUUCUUUACCUCCAUGCUCAUGGUUGUCUGGAACACGUCCACCUCCCAGACCACCUACAUUAGCAACAUUUACCGCACGGGCUCCUGCUUCUUCUCCAUCAUCAUCUCCUGGCUCAUCUACCGCACCGGACGCUUUAAGCCAUUCGCCCUCUUCUUCUGUAUCCCUCUUAUGAUGCUCGGUGUCGGUCUCAUGAUCCACUUCCGCCAGCCUGACCAACCCCUCGGCUACAUCAUCAUGACUCAGAUCUUUGUUGCAUUUGCCGGUGGACCUACUGUCAUCUGUGGAGAAAUGGCCAUGCUCAGUCCCUCCGAUCACGCACACGUCGCCGUCAUCAUGGCCAUCCUGGACCUCUUUGGUAGCAUCGGCUCCACCGUUGGUUACACCGUCGCCACUGCCAUCUGGACCGGUACCUUCAGAAAGAACAUUGUCAAGUACACCCCUGCUGGCACUCCCGUUGACACCAUCUACGGCGACAUCUACCAGCAGCUUAGCUAUGAGGUCGGUACUCCUGAGCGCAUUGGCAUCCAGCGCGCCUACGGUGACUCGCAACGCAUUAUGCUCAUCACGAGUAUCUGCCUGUUGGUUGGCGCUCUCGGCUCCGUUGCCAUGUGGCGCAACCUCAACGUCAAGAAGAUCAAGCAAGUGCGCGGAAACGUUGUUUAAAGAGUAGUUGAUUAUGAUGAUACCCCGCAUAGCCUUGCUCUAUGACAUAAAAGCGAUUAUUUCUUCCUGUGGUUGAUUCACAACUAGGGUUACCCAUUUUCGUGCCCUUCAUUGAUUUUAAUUUACCAGGCAUAUAGUAUGCCAUUUAAUAAACUUGGAUUUCGCCCUCCACUCUGACUGUCGGACACCUUGUCCUUUCUUCGAUGAGCUUAAGGCAUAAAGGUUUAAAGGGUCUCUUGCUACUUGCUUAUGUAGUUCUGAAUGUCAAAGUCGAAUUCCAUGACGCCCUCAACUGUCUUUAUGAAGAUCCUUCCUCAUCACGCCCUUCAAGCUCUCCUCCGAGAUGUUGAUGUACUUAUCAGGCGAGACACUAUCCUCAAAAGGCACUCUCAACCACUCGUCCGCCUGCGCAAUCUUACCCCCCUUCAACUUC